AUUUAUAUAUAUAUAUAGUUCAGAUAGUUAAAUAAUUCAAGUCAUUACUAUAAACUAUUUUCAAACUCUAUUUCUCUCUCUAUAACCAGAGGCCUAUACAGCCAGAUUUAAAUCACAAUCUAGAGAGAGAAACAAACAACCAAAAGGGAACCGAACCCAAACCAUUCUCUUUCUCUCUCUAAAGCUUCACCAUUUCUUUUUCUCUUUAAGCUCUCAUUAGAGCACACACUGUUUUUUGCUUUGUGUUUUGUGGUAUUUGCUGUGGAAGGUUUUGUUUUGGAUUGGAUUUUUUUGGAGUUGGAAGGUCUUGGAACCCUAAGCAUUUUUGGAUCCCGAGGUGCAUUUGGAUGUGAGAGAGUGUGAAUCGUUUAGAUCGGAGAUGGCGGAGCUUUCCGGCGAAGUGGGAGGAGGAGGUGGAGGGGAGUUUAGCGGCAUUGGUGCAGCGCCGGCGACCAGUACUCCGACUCCUCCACCGUCGCUUGCGGUGUCGGGCUCGUUUAAGGAAGGGAAGAGCUCGUCGUCGCGGAGGAGAGGCGCAAUGAUGAGGCCGAGUCUCGACUCGGACGAGUUCAUGAACCUGUUGCACGGCUCGGAUCCGGUGAAGGUUGAGCUCAAUCGGCUGGAGAAUGAAGUCAGAGAUAAGGAUCGUGAGUUGGAAAAAGCUCAUGCGGAGAUCAAGGGUCUCAGGUUUUCUGAAAGACUCAAGGAAAAGGCUGUUGAAGAGCUCACGGACGAACUGUCCAAGGUGGAUGAGAAGCUGAAGCUAACAGAGUCACUUCUAGAAAGCAAAAAUCUAGAGAUAAAGAAAAUCAAUGAUGAGAAGAAAGCUUCCAUGGCAGCACAGUUUGCUGCUGAAGCUACUCUUCGAAGGGUUCAUGCUGCUCAAAAGGAUGAUGAUAUGCCUCCAAUUGAAGCCAUUCUUGCACCUCUGGAAGCUGAACUCAAGCUGGCUCGACAGGAGAUUGCAAAGCUUCAAGAUGAUAAUAAAGCUUUGGAUCGUCUUACAAAAUCAAAGGAAGCAGCUUUACUUGAAGCUGAGAGGACUGUUCAGGUUGCCUUGGCUAAGGCCUCUAUGGUGGAUGAUCUCCAAAAUAAAAACCAAGAGUUAAUGAAACAAAUAGAAAUUUGUCAGGAAGAAAAUAAAAUUUUAGAUAAAAUGCAUAGACAAAAGGUGGCAGAAGUUGAAAAGCUUACACAGACUGUAAGGGAGUUGGAAGAGGCUGUUCUUGCUGGUGGUGCAGCUGCAAACGCUGUGAGGGAUUAUCAGCGGAAAGUGCAAGAGAUGAAUGAGGAACGGAAAACUCUUGACCGAGAGCUGGCUCGUGCCAGGGUAACAGCAAAUAGAGUGGCUGUAGUGGUAGCAAAUGAAUGGAAGGAUGCCAAUGACAAAGUGAUGCCCGUAAAACAAUGGCUUGAAGAACGAAGAUUCUUGCAGGGGGAAAUGCAACAACUUAGGGACAAGCUUGCUAUAGCUGAGCGAGCUGCCAAGUCUGAAGCUCAAUUGAAAGAAAAGUUCCAUAUGCGACUGAAGGUGCUUGAGGAAAGUUUGCGAGGAACUUCUAACAGUAGCAAAAUUGGUUCAGCUGAUGGAAGGAGUGCAAGUAAUGGCUCUUCUCGCCGUCAGUCCCUUGGUGGGGCUGAUAAUAUUUCAAAAUUAACUUCUAAUGGAUUUUUAUCCAAGAGAACGCCAAGUUUGAGAUCCUUAUCGUCUAGCACUUGCUCUGUGCUGAAGCAUGCUAAAGGGACGUCAAAAUCAUUUGAUGGCGGUACAAGAUCAUUGGACAGGGGUAAGGUCCUUUUAAAUGGUGGCCCCAAUUUCUCAUUCAACCAGUCAUGUGAUGCUACCAAGGAUGGUGAAUCACCUAAUACCUGGAAGGGAACUUCAGAUGAUAAGCCAACAGAGUUCUCAUCAGUAGAUUCUGAGGAUAGUGUCCCAGGCAUUUUAUAUGAUUUGCUGCAGAAAGAGGUUGUAGCAUUGAGAAAAUCUGGUCACGAAAAAGAUCAAAGCCUGAAAGAUAAAGAUGAUGCUAUUGAGAUGUUAGCUAAGAAGGUAGAUACAUUAACCAAAGCUAUGGAGGUUGAGGCAAAGAAGAUGAGACGUGAAGUCGCUGCCAUGGAGAAGGAGGUAGCUGCCAUGCGUGUCGAGAAAGAUCAUGAACAUAGAGCCAAGAGAUUUGGUAAUCCUAAACCCUCUGUCAACAGCACGUUGCUUGCUGGAAGAAGUAUGGGAAGAGGAGGAUUAACACGCAGCACCCAAUGACAACAAGUCCUACAGGCAGAGGCAGAUAAGAAGUAAAUCCGGAUAGGCCUUGUUUCUCACUCCAUUUCUGUUUCUUUACCUCUUCUUUUUGUUUCUUAUGAUUGAUGAUAAGAUUGUAGCCCCGGCGUGCCGAUGAUCCUGCUGCAUUCACCAAACUUGGGCAAAAGACCAACCAAAAAAAAAAAAACAAAAAACAAAAAAAAAUGAAAAACCCAAAGGAGAGCAACAUCUGAGCAAGAAAGUCGGUAUGCUUCUGACUUAGAAUGUUAUGUUAUUUUUACUCCACUUGGCUGCUGCUUUAGGGAGAUCAGCAAAGAAAAGUGGUGUAAAAGAGAGAGAGAGAGAGGGAAGGAAGGUGAUUGAUGACUACUAUUACUACUAUUACUACUACUACUACGAACUUACUAACCUUUUGUCAGGUUUCUUGAGUGAAAGUGUGAUUGUUGUAUAGGUAGUUUUAUUGGCUUUUGGUCUCCUCUUUUUUAUAUUUUGUAAUUGCAGUUAGUGUGAUUUGUUGGUGGUUCAGGGUUUGUUAAUAUUCUUGUAAUCAGAUGCAGAUAAGAUCUUUUUUUUUUAA